AUGUCUGCUUUCCCCUACUUAGUUUUCUUCACUGGCCGCGAUGAUCCCCGUGAUUGCAUGGUCAUCGGAGAAGACGAGAAGCACGUCUUCUUCGAAUUUGAGACCACGGACAUGUGCACCACGAUUUUUAGCGACAGACAACCCGCUGUUGCCCUCCAUUGGGCAGGCGGCCAUUCCGGACUCGGGUCUGCGCAAUUCCUGACACUCGGACAGUCCAGAGAGAUCCCCAUAGAACGUCUCAUCAUGCCGGGAUCCAGUCCCAAUGCCCGCCAGUUCGUCUCCGCUACCGACGACCGGAUGUAUGAAUGGCGUCGGUCAUAUGAAGACCCUACAUCAUACGAACUGUGGGCAGGCCCAAAUCUGAAUGUACAAAUUGCCACAUUCCAUAAGUUCGACCAUUCGACUCCCGUCGGUAUGUCACACGGGACCCUUCAAUAUUGCUUCACGAAUGGGCUGCUCUUGAUUGAAGCACUCGUGACGCUGAAUCUUAACCGUUGGCUUGACUUGAAUAUGACCGGGUAA